AUGGUCCGGAGGAAGCCAGGUCGUGGUGAUACAACCCUGUCAGUUAGUUGCUCUGACAAGAUAGCUCGUUGGAAUGUAGUUGGUGUUCAAGGAGCAUUACUUUCCUACUUUCUUCAACCUGUAUAUCUUUCUUCAAUCACUGUUGGUCUUCCCCUUAACAGUCCUGAGAAUUUUCAUUUAGAGGAUAACUUGAAAAGAGCUUUAUAUGAACGUAUCCUGCCCAUAUCGAAUGAACUGACAUCCCCGUUUAUAGUGAACCAGCCAAUAUUUCACGCUGCACCAGUACCACCAAAGGACUUUCAGCAAUCUGAGAGUGCUGCCAACACUUUAACAUGCGGAUAUUCUAUAUGUUGGAAUGAAUGUGGCUUGCAUGAAGUCAUCCUGGGAACCACCGGAAGAAAGCAAGGCACCUCCGCAAAAGGGGCACUCUAUCCAUCCACACAGUCAUCUUUAUGCAAGUGA